GUCCUGAUGACCGGUGUUCUGCUGAUUGCCAUGUACGCCCACGCUCCACCGCUCGCAUCGCUGCAGCCGUUUGCGACGCGACGGUAAGUAAUUCUUCAUCGCGCUGCAUCAUUUCUUCUCCUUUUAAACUGACGGUUUGACAAGUAAAACACCAUAAAUGGCUCUAUUGAGCAUUCGUAAAACAAAUUUUUUAACUGAGUAGAAUUGCAUUGUCUAACGUAUGCUUAAUUUAAAAAGCGGUUAUUUUAGAUAUCGUUCUAAUAUCGUGUUUUCGUGUUUUCUGACCUUAAGAACAUAGAAUUCUUUUACGAGGCAAAAUAUAUCUCAAAAGUUAAAAAAUUGUAAAGCAAUUGCGAAGCGCAAAAUCGCUUUUUUGUUCUUUUUUUAAUUUCUAUUAUAUUUCUGUGAUUUCUGUUAACAUAACCAGCGCAGUUCGUAUUAACCCAGCGCCUCCUGAUGAUUUUCUUACACUGCAUGUCUUUUUUUUGUUUUUUAUUUUGAAUUUAUUUCGCACUCACAACGCGAUGAAUCGAAGAAGACUAGAGGACUUGCAGCGCGGCUUGGUUAAUUACCUGGUGGGUAAUGAAACCACAAUCGGGCCCGAGGAACGGCUCUACGAGUAUCUGGAAGAGCCUAGGACAUUUCAAAGUCCAUGGUCCUGGGCAUGUGUGGCAAAUCGAUGCGAGAGGCGAGCGGUAAGGUCCUCAAGGACAUCUUUGGCAACUUGUACCGCGCAUUGCGGAGGAAACACUCGCCUCUUGUGGCCCAGACCUACCGAAAACAUCGUCCUCGGCGAUGACAGUGUUAUCCUGCAUCUUCAGCAGAUCGAGUUCGUCAUCGUGAAUACGAGCGACCAGGAGACGAAAGAUCUGCUGGAGCAUGCUAAGGAUGUCUUCAUCGGGAACAUCAGGAGUUUGGUGAAGGUGUUGAAUGCCAAGAGCCGAUCCGGAAUCGACUCGUUCAUCGUGUACCUGAGCGCUGGCAAUGGGGAUGCCAGUUUAACAUUAGACACUGACGAGUCGUACAAGCUGGAGCUCGUACCAAAGGGGAAAAUUCUCGAGGCCAGAAUCACGGGGAGGAGUUAUUUCGGGGUACGACAUGGCCUGGAAACACUUAGCCAGUUGAUCUGGUGGGACGAAGCUGCCGGCAAGCAAGGCGCUCUUCGUAUCCUCACGCGAGCCUCCGUUGAGGACAAACCUGCAUUCUCUUAUCGCGGACUCCUUGUCGAUACUGGCCGACAAUUCUUUCCCGUUGAGGAGUUGAAGAGGGUUAUCGACGGCAUGGCGACCACAAAGCUUAAUACUCUCCAUUGGCAUCUCACUGAUUCCCAAAGUUUCCCUUUCGACUCGGCACAAUUUCCGGAGAUGGCAAGAUGGGGUGCUUACAGUGGCGACCACAUUUAUACACCUGAUGACGUGAAGGAUCUGGCUGAUUAUGCGAGAAUACGCGGCGUUAGGAUUGUCAUCGAGAUUGAUUCCCCGGCUCAUGCGGGCGCCGGAUGGCAAUGGGGUGCAGAACAUGGUUUUGGCGAGUUGGCGUUGUGCGUCGAUCAACAACCAUGGUCGUCAUAUUGCGGCGAGCCGAAUUGCGGCCAAUUGAAUCCCAUAAACGAACACUCCUAUCGGAUACUUGAGGGUUUGUAUCGGGAAUUAUUAGAUCUUACCGAAAUACGCGAUUUAGUACAUCUCGGCGGUGAUGAGGUGAAUCUCGAAUGCUGGGCGCAAUACGGCAACAUCACCAUGGCUAUGCAGGCGCAAAACAUGACGGAUCAUCAUGCACUUUGGGCAGAAUUCGAGACGAAGAUGCUGCAGCGAUUAAUCCGAGCAAAUCAUGAUAAAGUGCCGAAGGCGGUGAUUCUAUGGAGCUCACCGUUAACUAAGAGGCCGUACAUUAUGAUGUAUUUCGAUCCAAAGAUCCACGUGAUCCAAUCUUGGGGUGGGAGCAACUGGCCGGAAACACCGGAUCUGUUGGAGGAUGGCUUUCGGGUAAUCCUCUCACAUGUAGAUGCGUGGUAUCUAGAUUGCGGUUUCGGCAGAUGGCGAGAAAGCGGCGAAGCAGCGUGUGGCGAAUAUCGUACUUGGCAAACUGUCUACAAUCAUCGUCCAUGGAAAGAUUAUCCGCCACAACAGCUGCCUUUAGUGCUUGGAGGUGAAGCGGCAAUCUGGAGCGAGCAGACUGGACAGUCAUCUCUGGGACCUCGACUAUGGCCCAGAGCAUCGGCACUCGCUGAACGAUUAUGGAGCGAUCUGCCAACAAACAGUUACUCUACGGACGAGAAUGUUUACACCAGACUGGCCAUGCACAUUGAAGUUUUGAAUAGUAGAGGCAUCAAGACAGAGUCUAUGUGGCCGCAUUGGUGUUCUCAGAAUCCUGGAAAAUGUCUUUGACCGAUCGUUAGAAAUUCGCGAACUAUUCAGCAGCCGUUCCAUAAAUAUUGUACUUGCGAUGCUGAUAAAUCAGAGUUCUCUAUAAAAAUGGGGCUCCAUAAGAAGCGGCGACGUCAGCCGCAAGUUCUGCCGGUAGUCGAAAUUGAUCUCGUUCGACGCGUAAUGAUAUCGCGUAUCCGUGAUCUGUGGAAUCUUUCGACGAUACACAUUUUGUCGACGAAACUGACAAUCGUUCCUGCUCGAUAAAUUAACUAACGGUUUUUCUUUCUGCUCAUGAGAAACGAAUGCCGAAUCCUUUGAGUCGCUCUAUGAAAGACAUCACUACAUAGCCAAGAGAGAUACUAUUAUUUACGUUCUCUUUUUGCGGAAUGUAGCAAACAUGCGUUGCACAAGCGACAGCGAAGUAAAUCGCAACUUUAAACCAAUACGCAUUAACUUAACGUAAAGGAAUGCACAGUUAAUCACAUGAGACAAAUAAACCUUUUGAAGAGGUUUGAAAUCAAGAUUCGCGCAAGCUUAGUUUUAUAAGCCUCUAUUUAACGAAUCGAAUGAUUGCAAUCAGGUGGAGCUAUAAAAAUUUUAUUGCCUCCAAUGGUGCAUAUAGUAUCACUCGAAUUAUACAUUGAUCAUAAAUUUCGUAUAUCUUUUAAAUUUAAAUGAUAUAGCUAUUUUGAGAGUAAAUUUGUUGGCAAAGGAAUAUAUGAUGUGAGAAUUAUUGCAACGAAAUUAAUAUGUCCAUUUCGAUGUUAUCUGUUUAUAAUACUUUUUCAGUUUCAAUUUCUAUUGUGUUAAAGUACAAAAAUUUCGCAUUUGAGCUUUUCAUGUGUUUUAUCGCUUAUUUUUGUCGAUUUGAUGAUGAUAGAAUUCUGAAUGAUAUUUCUAUUAUAGUGUAUUAAUCAUUUAAUCAUGUUAUACUACGACGAUAUGUGAUUGAAAUAAAUUGGGACAAUUGUGCAUCGUGUCCUAAUAUUAUGAGAUGACGAGACAUUAUCUCGUUCAUCGAGGCUCAAUUACAAUCCUAGCGAGGAGGAUCCUUUAAUCGAUUCAGCAAACGAAACAGAAAGUAUGACAGCGCAUUCGUACGUGGUAUUAACGCGCGCGAAAAACUUAUUAUCGUGUUAUCUUUCGGAUCCCACGAGGAUACCGAGGCUAUCACAAUUAUAGACUAGCUUUAUCACUGAAAAGUCUCAGCCAGAGGCAAUUUUGUAGCGCGUAAUUUAGCUUUUUAACCGAAAUUACAUUACUGAAAGUAUAAAUAAUAGAUAACGCGAAAUGCAUGUAUGUAUGUGUACGUAUGUGUGCACGGCAUGAUAUGAAUUGAGAUGAGUAUGUGUCUUAUGAUUGAUUAUUAUAAAUUAUUAUAUAUGAUUAUCGUAUGAUGAAUGUUUGAUAUCAGUAAAAUUCGCCAAUUUGUCGCGAUACUAAUCGAAAUUUUUAUUUAUUAACGCAAAAAUACUCAGGGCGGAGUAACAUCGUUAGAUGUUUCGUAUAUGAAAUAUACAUUCUCUUUUCAAAGAGAAUCUUUCGAUUAAUCACUUUAAUCUUUCAACGAAACUAAUAACUUUGAUUCUCAAAUAAGAAUUGAGUUUGAUAAUAUUACAUUAUUCAUCAAUCAAAUAUUUAUUAUUUAUAAAACAUUAAUUCAUAAACAUUAAAUUACAUAAUAAUUUAUUGGUAUAAAAAAUAAUUUAAAUCAGUAAUUUUGUUUCAAAAUUUAAAGAACUUACAUUGCUGUAUUAUGUUAUUCUUGUCCUGAUAACGAAAUCAUCGAGAUUUCACCAUCACGUGAUUUCUAAUUGAAUCCCGCGUAUAGAGCGGUAAUGUGCGUAUCAUCUCACGUAAGUUCUAUUCGAUUGAUAAAACUUACGCGAGAAAACUCGCCCAAUUAUAAUAAUUCCAAAAUAUGCGUGAUCGCCUGAACAAUGCAACAACUAAGAAAUGAGCGCGCAUGGAAUUCGCCCCCUUACUCUCUGUAGUACAAUGUGGCCUAUGAAUUAGAAAACAUGAGUGAUUCUCGGAAACUUGUAAAUAUUUCAUAAUGAUGUAGGGAACAAUUUAUAAUACAUAGGUGUAGAUAGAGACAAAUAGUUAAGUAAUUAGGUAAAUUAAUGAAUGGACAUUUAGGUGACUAAGUAGAUAAAGACAAAUAGGCAAAUCGCUCACGAGGAACGAUGGGGGCGAAGAAUGUAAUGCAAGUUUAGAAGAAAGGAUAUUAGAAUAUAUCUGUACUUAUCGAUACUUACCGAUAUCGAUGGCUGUAAGAGGAGUUAAUUCUUUUGUGCGUUUGUAGAUACGAAAUAUAAAAUUGCGAUAAUGUUAAAAAUA